UCCGGUGGUUUGUGGAUCGGAGGAUUUAGCCAACGAGGGUAGAGAACGCCGUGAAAAAAUUUUCAAAAGUUUUUUUUGUAGUCGGUAAGAGGAAGAUGGCGUGGGAGCUCAGCAAGGAGAACGUGAGACCAAUGAAGCACGGGCGCGACGUAGAGUGUUUGAACUCGGUUCUGGAGGCGCAGGAGAAGAACCCUAUCUCGCUGGCGAGCAAGCUGGAGGAGGAGAGGAAGGGCUUCGUUGCAGCCAUUGCGAAUUACGACGGCGACGACCCGCUAACGCCUUGGCUUGCGUACUUGAAGUGGGUGACCGACAAGUUCCCGUCUGAUGGAGUGAAGGCCCAGAAACUGCCGAUACUCGAGGAAUGUGCGCGGAAGUUUCAGCUGGACGAGCGCUACCGCUCAGACUUUCGUUACCUGUACGUGUGGGUGCAAUACGCCGCCUGCGUGGAUGAUCCGACGGACAUCUUCCGGUUUCUGGAGGCCAACGAGAUCGGUCAUCAGCAUGCGCUGUACUACGAGGCGUACGCGGUCCAUUGCGAGACGAAGAGGUCGUACGACCGCGCGAGGGAGAUGUUUGAAUUGGGUGUGGCGAGGGAGGCAGCUCCUGUCGAGAGGCUGAAGACGAAACUGGAGGAAUUCAUGCAGAGGAUGGCGAUGCGAGUGAGAAGGGAUGUGAGGAAGAUGGAAGAAGCGAGAGCGGCGGCCAAUUCAUCUCUUCCUCCUAGUAGCGGCGGCGGCGACGAGGAGUUGUCACGCUCGUUUGGGAACUCGAUCGGGGGGGGAGGGAUCUCCGCGUCGCGUUCUUCGGCGGCGGCGCGCACUCGAUCCCUCCAAACUAAUGGACAGCGCUCAUCUCAUCAUCAUCAUCAUCAUCAUUUUCAGCAGCAGCAGCAGCAGCAGCAACAGCCUCCUCGCCGACCCGCCUCCCACGGUCUUGGCUCCGCGAACGUUAUGACGAGAAACAACAAGGUUCUGCAGGUGUUUGAGGAUGGAGGCCAGCCGCUGCCGUCCUCGCGGGUUGCAGAGACUGAUUGGAUGGGAGGAGGAGCUAAGCCGAACACUACGGCAGCUACAGGAGCAGCAGUAGCAGCAGCAGGAGGAGGCGGAGGAGGAGGAGGAGGAGGAGGAGGAGGAGGAGGAGGGGUUUCUAACGACGGGCAUUGGGACAGACUGAGUAAGGUAGCUGAUGCGAGAAAAGAGAACUCGCAAGAGCCUGGCAAAUGGACAUCGGCCAGAAUUCCUCAGAAGAAAUCACUGGCGUUGUCAGCACAGGCGAGAGGAGUCGCGGCUCUCGAGGUUUAUUCAGAUCCGGACAUGGAUACAGGCGAGCAGCAUCAAGUUGGGGGGGGAACCACAGGGUUGGGCACGAAGAAGAAACAGCCUCCGACUAUGGCGUUCCGACUGCGAGAGGUGGAAGGAGGCGGGGUGGUGGUAGGCGAGGGGAGAGGGGUCUCGCUGGAGCUGGAGGAGCUUCAGAAAAACCCUUUGAAGCAUUUCUAUGAGCCCGUGCCUCCUCCCGGGUUGGAAACCAGAAGAUGGAGCAAGGCAUCCGCGGAGAGUGGGCGGCAAUGUGUGUCCGCCACACGCCAAAGCGCGAAGGGGAAUGAAUCGCAGUCUGACGAACCAGACGGAAUGAUCGGUGGUUCGUCAAAGCAGAAGGCGGCUUGUCUCCUCUUAUCCGCAGCAGGCCAUGAUGGUGUCAAUACGGCGGCGGCGGCGGCGGCGGCGACUGAAGCUCCGUCUUCUGCCCUCUCUUCGUCCUCUUCUUCAGGUCCUCCCUCUGCACCUGCCUCGUGUGGACCCGUUGCGUCUUCUUCUGUAUCUGCCCCAUCUGUACCACGCACCUCUGUGCCCCAACCCGUAGUAGUUGCCUCUCCAUCUACUGCCUCUGCUCCCCCCCUUCUGUGCCCUGCUGUUUCUACCACUACCGGUAGUCCGUCAUUGUCGUUAGCUCUGGCGGCGGCGGUUGCGAUGCCGGCGCCGCCAGCUCCCCCGCGCCCAAGCGCUCCAGCCGCCGCCGAUGAUGACAUUGGCCAGGGGAUCUCUUCUAGAUCCUGGGGCUGCGAGCCAUCGCUGUUCCUUCAACCGCUAGCUCUCUCGUUUGAGGAAUACCGAUGGAUGAUCGCGGCGCAGCGGCAAGCCGGAAAAGCCGAGAGUGCUUCAGCCGAUCAGUUCGUCGAGAUGGAUGCACGACCAUCGUCGUCGGCGGCGGAUGUUGUCGCCGCCGCCGGUCGUCUUCCUCCUUCGUGGUCCGCAGGCUGGGGGGGACCCCGAUCGUCUUUUGUCCCGACCUUGCCGCGUCAGUGUGCAGACAGAGGGGUGCUGCCGGGAGAGGAGGAUGUGCUCUCGUCGUCGGCAAUCAAGGAGCCCAGACUUGGGGUAACAUCGAUGAUGAUGCCCCCGUGUAGGGAGGAGGGUGCUACCGAUAGGGCCGCAGCUUUCGCAAGACCAGGUCUGUCGAACGGUCGCCUGUCGGAAGCCAAAGCGGCGAUUGCGAGCCCUGGACAGGGGAAGCAGGGAGCGCGCCCGAGCACGGCAGCUGAUGCAGACGCGCCAGAACGGCUGGCUACGGCCGCCGCCGACGCUGCUGCUUUGAGUGCCUCAAGCGAUGAUGGCCUCGAUGGCGAGCCGACUGAGAAUCCCUGGGUGGAUCGGGUUGCUGACGUGGCGGCUCAGGCGGCGGACGUCACUCAGUCCAUUACGCAGAUCAUCGAUGCUACCGAGUUCAAGUUUCUCCGUGGACCCUUGAUGGGGUUGCCCAAGAAGGGCCGACGAAGAGGGGGAGAUGACAGUGAUGAAGACGAAGAGAGCGAUGAGGAAGUCGACGAUUGUGAUGAGCCGCUCGACGGCAAGGUCCUCGCUAGUCAGACGGACGCAUGCGACCGAACGGUCUUUACUCGGAAGGCGGUCGAUGACAUCCUGUCUAUGUUUACCGGCGACAUGCCUCACGUGACGGGUAAGGAGAGAGGGAGGAGAGGAGGGAGGGCACCUGGGAGAGCGAGACGAGGAGGCACAGCAGGAGGGGGGGGACUGGGCCUUGGUGGUGGCGGCGGCGGCGGCGGGGGUGGUGGGCCCCUAAGUGUGUUCACCGACGAGGAGCCUGAAAUUGCUCGUCCUGAAAGAACGACCAACAGCAGGCCAUCCCUGUUGAGCAAGAAUAACUCGCAGGGAAAGAAGAUGGCGUUUGAGGUUUUUCAGGACGAUGGAGGGGAUGAUGAACCCGAGAGAGCGAAGGGAGGGACAUCAGGAGGAAGGCGGCUGGGCCUUGGUGGUGGUGGUGGUGGUGCCAGCGGUGCUGGUGGGCCCCUAACUGUGUUUACCGACGAGGAGGAGCCUGAAACGACUCGUCCUGAAAGAACGACAAACAGCAGGCCAUCCCUGUUGAGCAAGAAUAACUCGCAGGGAAAGAAGAUGGCGUUUGGGGUUUUUCAGGACGAUGGAGGGGAUGAUAAACCCGAGAGAGCGAAGGGAGGGACAUCAGUAGGAAGGCGGCUGGGCCGUGGUGGUGGUGGUGAUGGUGGUGGUGCCAGCGGUGCUGGUGGGACCCUGACUGUGUUUACUGACGAGGAGCCUGAAACGACUCGUCGUGAAAGAACGACAAACAGCAGGCCAUCCCUGUUGAGCAAGAAUAACUCGCAGGGAAAGAAGAUGGCGUUUGAGGUUUUCCAGGACGAUGGAGGCGAUGAUAAACCCGAGAGAGCGAAGCUAGGGACAUCUGGAGGAAGGCGACUGGGCCUUGGUGGUGGUGCCAGCGGUGCUGGUGGGCCCCUUACUGUGUUUACCGACGAGGAGGAGCCUGAAACGGCUCGUCCUGAAAGGACUACAAGCAGCAGGCCAUCCCUGCUGAGCAUGAAGAACCCACAGGGAAGGAAAAUGGCAUUCCAGGUUUUCCAGGACGAUGGAGGCGAUGACGAGGAUGAACGGGUGGGCGAGCGCGGGGCGGGAACAAGCGAGGUCGGGGUUCUGCAGCGAGGCCAAGGAGGAGGCCAAGGAUGAGGAUGAGGAGGAGGAGGAGGGAGAGCUGCGGACUCGAUGAACAAGGAACGGUCGUCCGGUUCGAUGUCACUUGCAAAAGGCGGU